AUGUCGAUGACUGCUCGGGUAUCACGAAUUGGGCGAAGCAGGGCUAGCGGGCUGGCUCAGCUGUCUCAAAGGAGAUUGGCCAGUGGAGGUGGUGCUUACAACGAGCCUAGCGGUGAGUACGCAGCAAGUCACCAGGGCGCAAGGUGCCUGGACCGGGGUCACAUGGGAUAAAGGAAGUGGGCAGAAGCCAGCCAUUGCGCUAGAAAAUUGCCGAGCGGGUCUUUCGCCUAUGUGCUAUGCACAAUUUAACAUCGCACAUCUCUAUCAGGCAAAGGUUAGAGAAGGAUCUUAGGCUUUGCCCUGGAGUGUACGCGCCCCCGCUAGAGCUAGUGGGAAGCGUUGGCUCAGAGCACGAAUACUUCCAAAGCUGAAGCGUGAUAGCCCAAAGAGCCAUUCUCUUCUGAUGGUCAAACCGCGGUGUCAUGUGCGGGUUUGGAUGGCUCAAGCUGCGGAGUUGCGAUCGCAAGCCCGAUGCUGAUUCCCGUGCUUGACGCCCUCCUCCCCUCCCCAUUUCCACUGCUCGACUCACCCGAUGUGCAGGUCACUUUCUUGGACAAAAGGUAAGCUGUAGCCAUCCAAAUGGCGUAGAUCAGCGCUAACUUUCAAAUAUUGCUGUCGGCAGCCAUUGCGUAAAGGCGAGAAGCGAGAGAAGGAGGGAUGGGAGGGGAUUUACACCUACGGAUUGUUCGGAGGUAUGGCUUUCUGCGCCAUCGGCUUGUUGUACAAGCCGGACACCAAGUGAGUUCAUGGAUGCGUCACGUUGUGCAGGAAGACAUGUGAUGCUUAAUGAGCUUCCCUGCGUGCUUCAUCUCUCCUGCUGUCUUUGCAGCAUCCAAUCUUGGGCAAGAGCAGAAGCACAAAAGCAGCUCGAAUCCGAAGGUGGUGUGUACAAGUAUGAGCCUAGUCCUUACGCUGGUCAUCCAGACAACAAGUAG